GCAGCAGAGCGGAGCAGUUUUUUUUUUUUUUUUUUUUUUCCCUCCUCUGUAACCAAAAUUUUUUUGCGCUUUAUUCUCUUCCUACCUAACCCUUCUCUCUCUGUCUCUCUCUCUGAGGUUUUAGCUUCUGGGUUUGCUUCACCCUAUUUCAAGUCAACAGAUCGAUCUAGGUACUAAAAUGGGGAAACUUUCAAUACCCAUUUUGGGAUUUCUACUAUUGUUCUUCGCAGCUGCCGCCGGAGACACAAAAAAAUAUCUGAAAUACAAAGAUCCGAAACAGCCAUUGGGUGUUAGGAUCAAAGACUUAAUGAGUAGAAUGACUCUACAAGAAAAGAUUGGCCAAAUGGUGCAAGUUGAACGCAGUGUUGCAACCCCAGAUGUCAUGAAGAAGUAUUUUAUAGGGAGUGUGCUCAGUGGUGGAGGCAGUGUCCCAGCACCAAAGGCUUCAGCUGAGACUUGGGUCAAAACUGUGAAUGAUAUCCAAAAGGGGGCUUUAUCGACUAGGCUUGGAAUCCCCAUGAUUUAUGGGAUUGAUGCGGUUCAUGGCCACAACAAUGUCUACAAGGCCACCAUAUUUCCUCACAAUGUUGGGCUUGGAGUGACCAGGGAUCCUCAACUUAUCAAAAGGAUUGGAGAAGCAACUGCUCUUGAAGUGAGAGCUACAGGAAUCCCUUACGUCUUUGCUCCAUGUAUUGCUGUCUGUAGAGAUCCAAGAUGGGGUCGGUGUUAUGAAAGCUACAGUGAAGAUAGUAGAAUUGUUCAAGCCUUGACCGAGAUUAUACCUGGUUUACAAGGAGACCUCCCUGCCAACUCUAAAAAGGGUGUUCCCUUUGUUGCUCCUGGAAAAACCAAGGUGGCAGCUUGUGCUAAGCACUAUGUGGGAGAUGGUGGCACAACCAGAGGCAUUAAUGAAAACAACACUGUGAUAAGUUUGAAUGGAUUGCUCAAUAUCCAUAUGCCAGCAUACUUCAAUGCCAUCACCAAGGGAGUUGCAACAGUCAUGGUCUCCUAUUCAAGCUGGAAUGGAAAAAAGAUGCAUGCUAAUCGUGAUCUUGUCACUGGAUUCCUCAAGAACAAGAUGAAGUUCAGGGGCAUUGUAAUAUCAGAUUGGCAGGGGAUUGACAGGAUUACCUCUCCUCCUCAUGCCAAUUAUUCAUAUUCUGUUGAAGCUGGAGUCAGUGCGGGAAUUGACAUGGUCAUGGUUCCUUAUAAUUUCACAGAAUUCAUAGAUGACCUAACCUAUCAGGUGAAGAACAAAAUUAUCCCCAUGAGCAGGGUUAAUGACGCGGUACAGAGAAUCUUAAGGGUUAAAUUUACCAUGGGUCUUUUUGAGAACCCACUUGCUGAUCUCAGUUUGACCAGCCAACUUGGUAGUCAGGAACAUAGAGAAUUAGCAAGAGAAGCUGUAAGGAAAUCACUUGUGCUACUGAAGAAUGGUGAAUCUGCUGAUGAACCGUUGCUGCCUCUUCCCAAAAAAGCACCAAAGAUACUAGUUGCUGGAAGCCAUGCGGACAACUUGGGCUAUCAAUGUGGAGGCUGGACAAUUACAUGGCAGGGUCUUGGUGGCAAUGACCUCACAUCUGGCACAACAAUUGUCAAUGCAAUAAAAAACACAGUUGAUCCUGCAACCCAAGUUGUAUUCAAUCAGAACCCAGAUGUAAACUUCGUCAAGUCCAAUAAAUUCUCCUAUGCCAUUGUUGUAGUUGGUGAGACCCCAUACGCAGAAACAUUUGGUGACAGCCUAAAUCUGACAAUACCUGAACCUGGCCCAAGUACUAUCACCAAUGUGUGUACAUCCGUCAAAUGCGUUGUAGUUAUCAUAUCUGGCCGCCCUGUUGUGAUCCAGCCCUAUCUUGCAAAUAUAGAUGCUCUCGUAGCUGCUUGGCUUCCCGGAACUGAAGGCCAAGGUGUUGCUGAUGUUCUUUUCGGUGACUAUGAAUUCACAGGCAAGCUUGCACGCACCUGGUUCAAGACAGUGGACCAGCUUCCAAUGAAUGUUGGCGAUCAACACUACGACCCUCUGUUUCCCUUUGGGUUUGGUCUAACAACUAAGCGUACCAAGAACUAGAAUUUAUCAACUUCGAAUGCUGUAUUGUACUAGUUAUUGAUAGCUCUUUCAUGGUUAAAACUUUUGAGGUUAUUUUCCCUCUCCAUGAAAUGGGUCAAGCAGUCUACUAAGGAUGGCAUCGAGAUGUAUGAUUUUAGAUGACUUGAGUGAUAAUGACUGGAACACAUUCUUAUUAUGCGUCCCUCCAUUAAAAGGACAAAAA